UUGACUGUAGGACCCGUAUUUCCGCUCUGGUCUUGUUUCCGUCUCCAAACAGCAGCCGUCAGUCCGCUGUUAGCCGCUGAUAGCCGAGAGUUGAGUCGCCUCGGGUUCGUCUGAACAAACUGAGAUGAGUCCGCACACGGUCACCGGGACCUGCUAGCUACCAGCUGCUUAUACCGCUGCUCCUCGAAAGGCUAACUAGCUGUUAGCUGCUAGCACCUGUAGCGUUACCUUCCUGUGAAACGGAGCCUGCUAACAGAGCUAAGAGGCUAGCUGCUGCGUUUCUCAAUCUGUUUGUUUGUUUAUUUGUUUGUUUACUCUGAUGAAAACACCGGAAAGGAGCCGCGAGCAUGGACACACACUUGUCGAGCAAAUAACAGCAUCACCUGUUGGAAGAAAUUGAGUCCAUCAGCUCUCAGCUCGCUGUGAAUCAGACUCUGGACACCUUCAUCACCUGACUUGAGAUCAGAGUCUUCCCUUUGCCCUGAGGUCACCUCCCAGCCGCCAUGCUGACCUAGAGUCAGCUGAUAGUUUGUGCAGUUUGAGCAGAAUCAUCCAGAGACAGAGAUCAUGUCUGAGAAUCAGGCCAACAACAACAACGUCCCUCUCAACAACAACAACAACAACAACAUGGGACCCAACCGCAUCCGAAACCCCAACAUCAACCAGAACCCCCUCAUCAACGUAAGAGACCGCCUCUUCCACGCCCUCUUCUUCAAAAUGGCCGUCACAUACGCCCGACUGUUUCCUCCGUCCUUCAGGAGAGUCUUUGAGUUCUUCGUCCUGCUCAAGGCACUCUUCGUCCUCUUCAUCCUCGCCUACAUCCACAUCGCCUUCUCUCGCUCGCCCAUCAACUGUCUGGAGGUGGUGAGGGAGCGCUGGCCUCGUGACGGCAUCCUGCGGGUGGAGAUCCAGAGGAACUCCAGCCGAGCCCCCGUCUUCCUGCAGUACUACGACUCUACAGGCCUCCAGGAGGAGCUGGAGGCUGAGGAGGGGGGAGGAGGAGCAGGAGGGGUUCCAGCACUAAGCCUGGCGGCGCUGCAGGAGGAAGACGAGGAAGAGGAGGAGAUGACCCUGGAGAUGUUCGACAACAGCUCAGUGCAGUUUGAGCUUGAUAUGGAGCCUCGUCUGAAGCCAUCUCUGAUUGGAGGAGGUGUUGGAGGAGGCAGAGCAGCAGCAGCAGGAGGAGGAGGAGGAGGAGGAGUGAACGACAGUCAGGACGUCUCCUUCAGUCAGACCACUAAAGGUAUGCAGCCGCUGAAGGACUCAGUGUCUGAGCUGGAGAUGAUGACCAGAGCAGUGUGGCCUCAGGAGGAGUACAUCGUGGAGUAUUCUCUGGAGUACGGCUUCCUGCGUCUGUCUCAGAGCACCAGACAGAGACUCAACAUCCCCGUCAUGGUUGUCACUCUGGAUCCCAUGAAGGACGAGUGUUUUGGCGACGGCUUCAGUCGCUUCCUGCUUGAUGAGUUUUUGGGGUAUGACGACAUCCUCAUGUCCAGCGUGAAAGCGCUUGCUGAGAACGAGGAGAACAAAGGGUUCUUAAGAAACGUGGUGUCUGGAGAACAUUACCGCUUUGUCAGCAUGUGGAUGGCCAGAACCUCGUACCUGGCAGCCUUCGUCAUCAUGGUCAUAUUCACUCUGUCCGUCUCCAUGCUGCUCAGAUAUUCUCACCAUCAGAUCUUCGUCUUCAUCGUGGACCUGCUGCAGAUGUUGGAGAUGAACAUGACCAUCGCCUUCCCAGCAGCCCCUCUACUCACUGUCAUCCUGGCCCUCGUUGGCAUGGAGGCCAUCAUGUCAGAGUUCUUCAACGACACGACAACAGCCUUCUACAUCAUCCUCAUCGUCUGGUUGGCCGACCAGUACGACGCCAUCUGCUGCCACACCAACACCAGCAAACGCCACUGGCUGAGGUUUUUCUAUCUGUACCACUUUGCCUUCUACGCCUAUCACUACCGCUUCAACGGUCAGUACAGCAGCCUGGCACUGGUCACCUCCUGGCUCUUCAUCCAGCACUCCAUGAUCUACUUCUUCCAUCAUUAUGAGCUUCCUGCCAUCCUGCAGCAGAUUCGGAUUCAGGAGAUGCUGCUGCAGAACCAGCAGGCGGGUCAGGCCAAUCAGACGGCCCUGCAGGAUAAUGCCAACAACAACAACACCGCUGCUGCUGCAGUGGCGACGACUGGACCUGCCAACACCACCCAACCAGGACCCAACACCAUCCAGCCGGGACCUCACACCGACCCCCAGACCUCCUCCUCCUCCUCCUCCUCUCCUCCACCUGCAGCAGCAGGUGGAGGGGAAGUAAGGGCGGAGCUAAACUGGGUUGCUCAGACGGCCGCCAUCAUCACUGAAGCUCUGUCCUCCUCCAGCCAGCCCUCUGAUGGAGGAGGAGGUGUGUCUGGAGGUCAGGGGUCAGCAGGAGUGGCAGAGGUCAGUGUGGUGGCAGAGUUCUGGAUGGGAGGAGGAGGAGGAGUAACAGGAGGAGGAGGAGGAGGAGGAGCAGGAGGUGAAGAUCCCAACAUUGUUUCAGUUGAAAUUAAAAGCACAGCAGGAGGAGCCGAUCCUCAAGCCAGCCCUCCUAUCAGAGGGCUUCAGGCAGAGGAGGCGGGGUCAUCAGAGGCCACGCCCCCACAGACAGACUGCCCCCUCUCACAGAGUGCAGGUACAGACUGGGACUGCAGAGCAGCACAGAGCCCGUCCUGAGAGUCCAGGUGUCGUCUUGCUGACAUCAUCGGUACCUCAGUCUGUCAGCCAAUCAGGGUGAUUGAUCAGUGAACGGUCCGUCACUGACCUCAGAUCAGCUGAACCAAUCACAUUUUAUUUCCUGUUCUAAACCAAUGUCAGAUUGAUCAAUCAACUGAGUGUGAGGUCAAGACAGAGCGACGCUCCUCAGAUGAUCAGUCACAUGAUCAGUCUGACGUCAUUGGUCCAAAGAUUAUUUAUCUCAUUAAUAAUCUGUCACUUAUUGAUUAACCAGCUGAUUGUUUCAGCUCCAAACGUCCAGUGUGUUGUCUGUCAUUCAGGAUUACAGAUUACAGAUUACAACCAUCUGAAAGUUCUCCUGGUCAGAAUUCCUUCAGUGUUGAUUGUUGAGGAGCUGAAAUAUCAUCAGAGGUCUCUUCCUCUCAGAAACAAACACACCAGCUGAUUAUGAACACAUGAAUGUCUCUAUCUAGAGUCAGUGUUUGGUUUGUCCGUUCUGGGCUACUGUAGAAACAUGGCGGUGCAACAUGGUGACCUCUGUAGACGAGGACCUGCUCCCUGUGGAGAUAUAAACAGCUCAUUCACAACCAUUCUGACUUUCAUCUCGGAUUUAAUUUAACUCGACACAGAAACUCUUCAGACUUCAGAUGAUUCGUUCUGUCACUCAGGAUGUGACGUUUCUUGUGAUGUCAUCAAACAUGUCGGCUGUUAAAAUGUGAGAUGUGUGAACAACACAAACAGUGAAACGUGUAAACUUAGAAACCACAAAUAUGAAACCUCUGCAGAUUCACAGCUUUAACAGAUCUCGCACACACCUGAAAACAUUUAUGAAAAUCUUUGUAGCGUUUACUUCUCAGUCAUGUUUGUUGUGUCGCAGCAUCACGAUGUUUCAGUCCCAUGUUUGUGGUGUCACGUGUCAGUCUUAUUUCCUUGUUAUUUUUUCUGCGUUCCUCAGAGAACUGUAAACGAGGUCCAACAUCAGUGACCACGAGCACUGCUGACUCUUCCCCCUCCGUUAACAGUUCUGAUGUAAUGAUUCAUAAAUGUCAUUUUUCCUGGGAUAAUAAUGAUGACAUCAUACGGCGAGGCCUCCACUGGCUCCUCCCACCAUGUUUGUGAUUCUCAGUUCUGUGUCUGCAGCGUUUCACAAGUCUUUUUGUUUCUGCCAGUCUGUUUCAUGUCUGUGGACGUCGUUUUAUUUUUACAGGCACGUGAACGCACCGCUGACCCGGUCACAUGAUCUCCAAUUCGUCUGUAACUCGUCCGUUCAAUCUGCUGCUGAGACUCGACACUGAAUGAGUCACCUAAUAACCAAGUCACAUGUUCACACUCACUGCAUCUCCAAACAUGGAUUAAUCCACCGCUGAAAAUAAUCCCCGUCUGUUUGUGAUCAGCUGAUUGAUGACAUCAGUGAUCAAUCUAUUGAUUAGUGUUUUUAAAGGUCUUCAGUAGGAACCAAUGAGAGCUCAGAGACACAGACAGGAAGUCAGUGACAUUUAGAAACACACUGGACCGAUCCUUUAAAUCAUUCGACACAUGUUGACCCCUCAUGAUGGACCCUGAUGAUCAGUUAUUGAUCAGCUGUGAUCGAUCAGCCCUGAUUCUGACAGACUGAAGCACAGCCUCUGAACUGUGUUGCUUUCUGUUUCCAUCAAGUUUUAUUUCGAAGACAAAGACUCUGACAACAGGAAGUGGUUUUGGAGCGUCACGACGGUCGGAGUGAUCGAUCAGGACUUUCUGUCAGAAUGGAUGCCUUAUCAAUAAUCCUCAGACUGUCAGCAGCGGAGUGAACUGAUUGAUUGUGCAAUAUGAUGCCAGCUAUGUCACACCUCAGGCCCCGCCUCCUGCUAGAGGGAGUGGCCUGUCACUGUGAUGCGUUCAGGGGUUGGGAGGCAGAAACUGCCGGUGCUCUCAGUGACAGGUCUGCAGAUGCCUUCAGGUGCUGCCCGUCAGCUCGUAGAUGUGAGUGUCAGCUGUGUGGUGCUGCUGACCUCAGAUCUGUUUCUUGCUGUUGUUACAUCACUUUCUGCAGGAAGUAAUCACUUCUUUUUCUUAAUUCAAACAUUGUUCAACGAAGUUAAAGUCAGGUCAGAUCAGCAACACGUAGACACACUUAAACAACACGUCCAGGUGAAAGGCUCAGAGAUGAAUCCUCACACACACACACACACACACACACACACAGGAUGUUUAUAUCACAGUCAUGCUGACACGUCAGACGCCAGGUCACAAGUCAUUUCAGGAUGACGAUCCUUUUAGAAAUGUUCAGAGACUUAAGGAGUAGACGGAGAGGACAGAAGGUCAAUCAGAAAUGUGUUUGAUCAGUGAUUGAUUAAUCUGGUAUCCAUGGCGACUUGAAAUCUGAGUCCAACUUUGUUAUUCCUGUAGCGGUCAUAUGAUCCCCUGAGCGCACCAUGGACCAGCUGAUCAGCUGCUCGUCUGUGAAGAAGAC